UUAUUUUGCCAUUGCACAGUGACAGACAAGAGCUUUCAGAUGGUAUGGUUAAACAUUGAAAAAAGGUGUUAUAUCACUAUGAAAUAAGUGUUUGAAAAUACUGGCCACAGGGGAAUAAGGAGUUAACUACAGCGCUACUGGGGAAAAAGGAGUCAAGUUCAGUACUGUAUGAAAGGUGCUGCAGUCACUAUACACUCUCGCGGUGUUUUGCAAUAUUUAUUUCAUUGUUUUAUCCCAAAAUAUUCUUCACAUAAUUAUUUAUUCUUCAACCAUUGAUUUAGAAAUUGUGAUUUUCUAUUUUUUCUAUUGUGUUCUAUCAGUUGAAUCUCAACCUGUACGGUACUUGUUUUGAACACAGUGGUCAUUACAGUAGUUUUCAGUUCGUUGUUGAGGUUCUAGCGUUCCAGGUUAUGUGAAUGUGAUGUGUAUGAGCAAUCUAUAAUAGAUAAUUUAUUUUAUGAUUCGUUGAUUGUGAUAGCUUUUCAAUUAUUUAAUUAGUAACACUAAUUAGUGCAAUGAGUGACAGUGACGAAUUUUGCGAUAUCAAGACAAAAAAACGUAAAGUUAAAGGGAGAUUGAAUGAUGUGGCAAAAAAAAUUAGAAUGCAGAGCCAUGAAGCUGGUUCAUCGUGUAAGUGUAGAAAUAACUGCUUCGACAGUGAAGGACUCACUUUAGAAGUGAGGGACACAGUUUUAAAAAAUUUCAACCUCCUUGAAAGUGUAAAUGAACAAAACUCAUAUCUUUGCGGACUUAUUUCCAUUGUUCCGGUGCAAAAAAGAAGACCAACGGUAGCGAUUGAGUCAGCUAAACUUCGGGACGUUACCUGUAAGUAUAAAGUUCGAGCCGUCCAAAAUGAAAAAGUAUGUGAAUGGCUUAUCUGCCGAAAGGCGUUUAUAUCCAUUCAUGGCAUCACCAAUAAAAAAAUUGAGUAUUUAAUAAAUGCUUUGAAAGAAACUGGUUGUGCUCCAAAGGAUAAAAGGGGCAAUCAUAAAAACAGACCCCACAAAAUUAGCGAUGAGGUGAGAGAUCUGAUAAAAGAGCAUAUAGGCUCAUUUAAUGGAAGGGGAGCUCAUUACUGUUUGAAAGAUACUUCUAAAAAAUAUCUUCCCGAUGACCUGAAUAUUUCAAUUAUGCACAAAAUGUUUACAAAAAAAUAUCCCAAUGUAAAGUGUUCCUAUGAGACGUAUAGAUCUUCAAUGCAACAAAAUUUCAACAUUUCUUUUGGAUAUCCAAGAACGGACACCUGCAGUUUCUGCGAUGAGAACAAUGUGAAAAUUAAUGGUCUAAAAGCUCAAUUGAAGGAUGGGGAAGAUAAAACUCAGUUAGACAAAGAUUUAAAAACACUUGAAACUGACUUGAAGCUUCAUAAGCUUAAAGCACAAAAAUUCUACGAUAUUAAGAAGAAAGCUCGCUUGACAUCAAAGAAGAUAACAACAUAUGAAGGAAUUUGUAUUGAUUACGGAAGAAAUUUGAAUGUACCUAAUGUUACCACUAAUGAUGCUUACUAUAAACGCCAACUCUCGGUUUAUUCGUUUAAUGUACAUAUCCUAGGUAGUGGUAAAAGUGUUUUUUACAUGUACAAUGAGUGUGAUGGUAGGAAAGGAAGUGACAAUGUCUGUCAAAUGUUGUAUCACUUUGUGAAUAAUUAUUUACCUGAGGAUGUUAUGGACUUGCAUAUUUUUGGGGACUCUUGUGGCGGUCAAAAUAAGAAUUUAACAAUGUAUCGCUUCCUUCACUAUAUGGUUCAUGUUCAGAAAAGAUUCAAAAGUGUGCAGUUUACAUACCCAAUAAGAGGACAUUCCUAUACCGAAUGCGAUCGCAACAUGGGCUGCGUAAAAUCCAACUUUUGGGCUGACUUGCCAUCAGAGUGGGCCGAUCAUAUUCGUGAUGCUCGCCAAAAUCCGUCACCGUUUAUUGUAGAGGAGAUUGACUACACUUUUUGGAGAGAGUGGACAACAUUUUUUCAGCAGACAUAUUCAAAGAAGAUUCCAGUACUCAUACGAGCUAUGAGAGAAAUAAAAGUAACACAAACUUCUGACCGACUGCUGCAUUUCAGAAAUAAUUAUAGUGGUCACUGGGACAAUGUUGUCAUAACAAAACCUAAGAGAAAAAGGUUUCAUGUUGAGCAAUCUACUCUUCCUGAAUUUUCUUAUACAGGGAAGUUGCCAAUUUCUAUGGAAAAAUAUAAGGACAUUAUGGACCUGACUCGCUAUUGCAAGAAUCUGGCUGCAAAACAGUUUUUCAUAAAUCUUCCCCAUGGAGACAAUAAUAGGAAUUAACUCUUGGAAUAUAAAAAUGAUGAUGAGUAUCAAUAAAAGGAAAAACGUGAGUAGUUUUAAUACUUUUGUGAACAAUUUGACAUCCUACAUGGAAAAUUUCUUAUUAUGAAUAAAUAACUUACAUGAAUAAACAUGGGUAAUACUUUUUAUUAUUUACCCUAAUAUUGAUUUAUUAGCAUGUCUAGGCUAUUUUGAGAAUUUAUAUUUUCAUCUGAUAUCAUAAUAUAACAUAAUAAUCAAUAUCAGUAUUUAUAUCCUAGAAAGCAUGAUUGCUAGAAUCUAUCAUUACAAGGUAUUCAAUAAUUAUGACAUGCAUACCAGUAUGCACAGAUAGAAUUUAAAAUGGAAAAAGGAGUUAUGUUGUGUUCAUAACCCCUUUUUCCCUGGUUGUUUUGGUUAUUCUCAAUGAAAAUAUAUUUUUAUGUUAUUAGUAUUUAAGCUGAAGGGCAAUAAAUUUAAUAUGUAAUUCUCAAAUAUGUUGGUAUCACGAGGAAAAAUUAUCACACAAAUACUUUGAAAAAUUGGUUUGGUAUUACAAAUUUUAUGUUAUUUUUUGCGCUCCUGAAAAAAGUGGCAUAAGUGUCUUAACUCCUUUUUCCCCUGUGCCCU